AUGACCAUCUUCCGGGUCCCUGCCCAUGUCCGCGACGCCAGCAAGGAGCUGUACGAGCCCCGGCUGGUGUCCGUCGGCCCCUACUACCGCGGCCGGGCGGCGCUGCGCGCCAUGGAGCAGCACAAGUGGAGGUACCUGCAGGAGCUGCUCGCGGAGUACCCGGUGGCCUCCUUGGCCGGCUGCGUCAGAGCAGUUCGCGGCGUCGAGCAACAUGCGCGGCGCUGCUACAGUGAGCGGCCCGGCAUCCUCGCCGCCGCCGCCGCCGCCGAGGGGGAGAACGGGGAGCUCCGGCAAGGCGACACGUCCCCCGGCGACGACGACUUCGCAGAGAUGUUGCUUCUCGACGGCUGCUUCGUCCUCCAGUUCUUCAUCAAGUGGUACAGAAGGGAGCCGGACAAGCUCUGCGACGUCGGGUGGGGGCUCCCCCUGCUGCUCUCCGACCUGCUGCUGCUGGAGAAUCAGAUCCCCUUCUUCGUGCUCGAGGCGCUCUUCCGCGCGGUGAGCCCCGAGGCGAGCAGGCUGGGUCUCCUCAUGCUGAUCGUUCCCCAUUUCAAGCUCGAGCACUUGGCCUUCUGCAAACAAGUGCUGGACGGCGUCGUGCCAACCCAAGCCGCCGGAGAGAUCCACCACCUGCUGCAUCUCUUGUACGAGACCGUCGUGCCCAGGGACGAGGCGGAGGAGCUAGCCUCCUCGCCAGCGCCAUCGCCGCGGUGCGAGUCCCGGCUGCGCCGGAUGGGGCUCAGGUUCAGGACGGCCGUGUCCAAAAGGUUCGCCUUCGUCCGCGACAUGCCGCGGGUGCCGGGCUGGAGGAGACUGUCCGCGUCCAUGACCCUGCUGCGCAAAGUCAGCGCCUGGUUCAGUGAGGCUCUGAUCGGAGUGAAGACACAGACGGAGGCGGAGCCGCCGGAGCCGGAUGGCCGAAGCACGGCGCCGCCGCCGCCGCCGCCCAUGGUGGUCCCGUCCGUCACCCAGCUCCGCGAGGCCGGAGUCCGGUUCGAGAAGGCGGCGUCGCCGCGGCACAUGUUCGACGUCACGUUCGACGCGGCGCGGGGCGUCCUGCGGAUGCCGCGGAUGGAGGUGGACUACGCCAACAAGGCGCAGCUCGUGAACCUCGUCGCGUUCGAGCAGACGACCAUGGGCGGCGGCGGGCUGCUGUCGAGCUACGCGGCGCUGGUGGGCGCCCUGGUGCGGACGGGCAGGGACGUGGAGCAUCUCCAGAAGCGCGGCGUCGCCGAGAACCUCCUGUCCGGCGACGGCGACGCGGCGACCAGGUUCUUCCAGCAGCUGGGCGGCUGCGGCAGCCUGGACUACGGGGACCACCACUUCGCCGCCAUGUUCGGGGACCUGAGCGGGUACUACCACUCGAGCUGGCGGAGGCACAAGGCCAGGUUCCUGCGCGACCACUGCAGCAGCCCGUGGGCGGUACUCGCGCUCGUCGUCGCCGGCUGCGCCUUCUGCUUCGCGCUCAUCAAAUUCGGCACGACCAUCUACGGUCUUGCCCAUCCUUACUGCCACUGCUAG